AUGGAUGUUAAAAAUUCCUUUUUGAAUGAAGACCUCCAUAAAGAAGUUUAUAUGGUUCCUCCUCUUGGCCUUGAUCAUGAUAGUGAAGAUUGCAAACUUAGGAAGGCUCUUUAUGGUCUCAAACAGGCUCUUCGCGCCUGGUUUGAGAAGUUUACUACUGUGAUUACUUCACUUGGCUUUUAUCCUAGCAACCAUGACUCUGCACUAAUUGGUCCAAAUGACCUAGGUCCCCUUCGUUACUUCUUGAGUAUUGAAGUUGCUUCCUCUCCUAAAGGGUAUCUCCUUUCUCAAUCUAAGUAUAUUUCUGAUAUUUUUAAGCGUGCUCGUCUUUCUAAUAAUAAGACUGUUGAUACUCCGAUUGCGCUCAAUGAUCGUUAUUCUACUUCUGAUGGUUCUCCUCUGCCAGAUCUGAGUUUAUAUCGGACUAUUGUUGGAAGUCUGGUUUAUCUUACUAUCACUCGUCCUGAUAUCGCAUAUGCUGUUCAUAUAGUCAGUCAGUUUGUUAUUUCUCCUACUACAGUUCAUUGGGCUGCUGUUCUUCAUAUCUUGAGAUACCUCCGCGACACUCAGUUUAAGACUCUUUUAUUUUCAUCUACUUCAUCUUUAGAGUUAUGUGCUUACUCUGAUGCUGAUUGGGCCGGUGAUCCCAUUGACCGCAAAUCAACUACUGGAUUUUGUAUUUUUCUAAGUGAUUCUCUUAUCUCUUGGAAAAGUAAGAAGCAGGACAUCAUUUCCCGAUCCUCCAUGGAGGUUGAAUAUCGCGCUAUGGCUUCCACUACUUGUGUAAUAGUUUGGUUGCAAUGGUUGCUUGCUGAUAUGGGUGUCUUUCUGCGCAACCGAUUCAUUUACAUUGUGAUAAUAAGAGUGCUAUUCAGAUUGCACACAAUUCGGUCUUUCAUGAACGGACCAAGCAUAUCAAAAUCAACUGUUAUAUUACCUGUCAUCAUCUUCAAAAUGGCACCUUGA